AUGACAGCAAAGGUUAUUGUCUCUGGAGGAACAGGUUUUAUUGCUCAACACAUUCUCAAACAGUUAUUAAACCAUAAUUACAAUGUUGUAACCACAGUUAGAUCACAAGCUAAAGGUGAUCAUUUAUUAAAAUUGUUUAAUUCACCAUCUAGUUUGAGCUAUGAAAUUGUUGAAGAUGUUGGUAAACCAGGUGCAUUUGAUCAAGUGUUGGAAAAGAAUCAAGAUGCCACAGUUUUCUUGCAUACGGCAUCGCCAUUCCAUUAUAAAGCUACUGAUGUAGCCAAGGAAUUGUUGGAGCCAGCAGUUGAAGGUACCAAGAAUGCAUUAAAGGCAAUUCAAAAAUAUGGGAAAAACAUCAAAAAUGUUGUAAUUACCUCAUCUUUUGCCGCUGUUGGUUCUGCUGACAAGACUACUGAUCCUAAAGUUGUGUUUACUGAACAAGAUUGGAAUGAUAUUACAUGGGAUGAAGCUGUAAAAAAUGUUGUUAAUGGAUAUAGAGGUUCAAAGACAUUUGCUGAACGUGCAGCAUGGGAUUUCAUCAAGGAAAAUGAUUCUCCUUUUAAAUUGACAACGGUGAAUCCUGGUUUUACAUUUGGACCUCAAUUGUUUACUUCAGAAAUAAAAGAUCAAUUAAACACAUCAUCAGAAGUGAUUAAUUCAAUAGUAAAGUUGAAACCAAAUGAUCCAAUCCCAACAUUCAAGGGUAAUUGGAUUGAUGUACGUGAUGUGGCAAAAGCUCAUGUUGUUGCAUUUGAAAACCCAAAAGCAGCUGGUCAAAGAUUGAUUUUAGCUGCAGGUACUUUUACUGAACAAUCAAUUGUUGAUUUGAUCAAUGCCAAGUUUCCCAAUUUGAAUCUUCCUAAAGGUGAACCAGGUGCUGAUUUAAAGAUUAAAAAGGAAGGAUUGGCAUCAGUUGACAACUCAAAGACUAAAGAAAUCUUGGGGUAUGAGUUUAUUGAUCUUGAUAAAUCAGUUACUGAUUCUGUGCAACAAAUCUUGGAUGCUAAAAAGAGUAAAAGUGGUGCAUUGUAG